UUCCAUCUCAACCUCUCAAAGAAAUUAUUAUCCGAUAAUUUUCCCAACAGAUUUGAAUGGUAACCAAGGGAAUAAAGAGAAACACUACAUUCCUUAACGUUCCUCAAAAAUGUUAUCAUUCAUAAGGAAUAUGUUUUCCUCUUCAUUCCUUCUCAUUUCCUUUUUUUUGUAGAGAAUUAUAAUGCAAAUUUUGUUCUUUGUUAAUUUUGAUAAAGAACCCUCAUUCCUCAUCAUUCCCAAAUUUUUUAUUCAUAUUCAUUUUUUUCCUAUUCUUUUCUAAUGUUCCUCGAUGGUUACCGGUCACGACUUUAGUGAAACUAAUUAACUCAAGGUAUUUUUUUCAUGUCUGUUUUUAACAGUAACAAAUCACAGUAAUCACCAAAUAGACAAAAGUUAAUAAAAAGAGCUUGUAAAAGUUAAUAAAAAGAGCUGAAAUUUUAUAAAUAUCAACUAAGAUUCUAAGAAUAUUAAUGUUUCCUUGGUCACACAGGAAGAUCGAGGCAUACUCCACUCAGUACCAGAAGGUUUAUCAAAGAUAAAUACAAUAACCCUACAGUCUAUAUUAAAGAGAACGGUGAGAAUCUUUGUAUAGAUUUUUUUUCCUCUAAUAAAAUUUGGAUACGUUGUUAACUUUUAUUUGCUAUAAAUGAUUUCUAUAGGAAUUAAUGACUACGACGACGGUACAAAAUCACGAGAGGAUAUUCUCAAGGAUACAUUUAGGAUAAAGUACCACGAGGACCAUCUCGAACAACUCCACAAAGCUGUAAUGGAGGAUGGAUGUGACGUCAGAGGAUAUUACGCAUGGUCUUUACUUGAUAAUUUUGAGUGGGAGCAUGGAUAUUCUACUAGGUUCGGUCUGUAUUUUGUUGACUACGACAACAAUCUCGAGCGGUAUCCCAAAGAUUCCGUUAAAUGGUUCAAAGAAUUUCUCAGUAGAGUUAGCAAGAGUGGUCAGGAAAGAGAGGAAGAACAAGUAUGGGAUGUAACACGUGAGAGGUCAAGUCAGGAAAAGAAUAAUAAGACUCUUGACGAUCCAGAAGGUUUCGAGGCGUCAGUUAGCACGAUUAUGUAUCUCAUGACGAACGCAUCGAGAAGAAAAGAAGAAGAGAGAGAUCGUUGCACUUUCGAUAUUCCUUAUACUCGGUUGGGUUUGUUGUUGGGUUCCGAUGCUUUUUUUGGACCCUAGAAAAAUAUUUUGUUGAUAGCACUUUCGUCGCAAAACAUUAGUCGCUUAACUGAUUUUCCGCUAAUCUAAGAAUAUGAGAACAUCCAUAUUCAUAGUUUUUUUUUUUUUUUUUUUUUUUUUUUGAUUAACCUGGAGGGAUCUCAACCCCCAGAGGACUAACUCCUCGGCGCGAGGCAGCCCAUUUGUUACUAUGGGAAUUAGAUACCCAAUUGCCUGGCCAAACACUUGGGCGUAUCUGAGGGGGAGGAUCGAAUCCGCGGCCCUUAGGACCAACGAACUCGCCUCGCGCCACUCGACCACAAGCGCUUGGUUA